CGUAUCCGAAAACUCCAACAUUCUUCGUCGCCUUCAGUCGCCUUCCAUCUCGCCUUAGCCAAAACUAUUAGCAGUCGAACGCUAUCCUCCGUCCGCCAUCUUUUCUGACCCUCGCCGAGUUUCUCCAAUAAUUUAGUUGCUCUCUCUCUGUCUUAGUUACGUUUCGCUGUACUGAUGUCGAUGUGCAUUUUACGAGCGAUCGGUAUUAGCUAUACAGUGUCAAUGUUAACAAGUAAAGUAAACCUUCCAUUUCAGAUCAAGUGACAGACGACGACGAUUAUCAUUUUAGGGUCUAGUUUAUGUGGUAUAGGCACUCGCUCAGCCACAGUGCAGAAGGGCAAGUGGAAAAAACCCUUCCGUUUGUGCGGAAAAUACCCUCGUUUUAAGUGUGUAAAAGAUCGGCGCAAGUAUGACAGGCGUAUCUCCGGCGAAAAUAGCUACGACCUUCAAACUGCGUAGUCUUCUGCAAAAGCGUAGCAGUGACCCUGAGGAAAAUACAUAUCUCCGAGGAAGAUCUUUUGGGGAAGGUGUCAUAGCGUUCUUUCUCUCUCUCUCUCUUCUGUCGCGGUCUCAGAUGAGUACAGAUGGAGCCGCGUUUGGGCCAGUGAAUGACGACAUGUUGUCGUUUUAGGCGAGGCAGUGUAUCUGAAUUUGGCUCAAAGCGGCAGUAAUUAAGUAACUGGAAUUAGCGAUGCUGGUGUUUCAAACGUCUCCAUCUCUUAAUAGUAUCGAACUAUUGAGUACCGUACCGCAAUGUGUGUUGUCUGUUUCCUUAUCUAAAAGUGUUUAAGUACUUAGUUAGCCAUUGGAACUCGUGUGUUGCUUAAAAAUGCUUUCUGUUGUUAAAAUUUUCUUAGGAGAUACUAUCAUGGCUCUGAGAUAAUUUCGAUGUUCCGGGACUGAAGCAACGAUUCACCACCAGGCAUCCUUAGCAGAAUAUUAAGCUGAGUGUAAUCUAGACAAAUGGUAGUCAGAAACUCUUUAUGUUUCAAUGUCGAAAGACCGUUACAAUGUAUUCGCAUCUCGGGAAAACUACAACAACCUAGUCAACCGACUUCGGGCUAUCAAGAGGGGCCACGACCUUCUUGAGCAGAAGGCAGAAUCGCUCACCAUUCGACUACGCGAGUACGAAAAAAUUUAUCGGACCAAAAAAACCGAAAUGAUCAGUGUUUUCACCACAGCCAUGAUGGCAAUUGCCGAAGCGAAAUAUGUGAAUUCGCAUUUCACACAAAGUGUCAUCAAUGGAUACGUAGACCGUGCUUUCGUCACCGUUAAAUCGCAUCAAAGUCAGGUUGCUGGGGUACACGUUGUGGAUUUUCAAGUCUACCGAAAGGAAUUCGAACACGAUCCAUUUGCACUUAUUGGUUUGUCUCGUGGCGGUCAGAAACUAAAAGCAGUAAGGCAAUGCUUUGCGAAACUCAUAGAUCUCUGCGUGACCGUCACUUCUGUACAAAAAAUCGAAAAAGACCUUGCCCAGGCACUUCAAUCAACAAACAGACGAAUGAAGGCUCUUGAGACCUUCAUAAUACCUCGAUUUGAGAAUACGAUCAGACACAUUCAGGAAGAGCUUGACGAGUUGGAUCGUGAAUCGUUUGCCAGGAUAAAGUUGAUCCAAAAGAAAAAAAUGCACCAUUUUACAAAAGAAGACACUGACCGAUACAGCACUGGAUACUCCUGUCCGAAAUCUCGAAGAGAGGACGACGACUGCACUACCAGCAGUCUUACUGGAAGUGGAAGCUCAUGCGUAAUACCGAGAUGUAUUCGGGGUGAGGUCCAUGAUGAUUUAAAAUAUCCUUCUGACAUUACCCUUCGCAAUGAAAUUCUAGAUCUUCUUCAUAACGAAGAAGAUCUGGAUAUUAUCUUCUGAUCUGCCGGAAGGAAGUGUUUUUGCUUAGCUGAUCCUAUCUUGUUAAGGCGAUUGUAAAUAACGUUCUUGUUACUUACUGUGAAUGAUCAGUAAAUAAUCCGUGAUUGGUUCUGUUAAUCGACUUAGCUGUGCUCACUUCUUUAGAAUUGAACAAAAAACCAAAGCGAUAAGAAACAGUUCAAUAAAAGAUAAAGACAAUUCGAAGAUUGUGCGUCGUCUAU